AUGGUCGAAGCCACUUUAUGUGCAUUUGUUUCGCUUGUUCAUGUCACUUCGCAGAUUAUCGACGAGAGUUGGUACAGCGUCGAGCGGCGUCAAUAUUUCGGUGCUUUGAUUUUUUACCUCUUCGUGUUUAUAAGUCAGUUGGCAGGAUUUACAUUCGGCGCUAAAUACAUGUUGAUCGCCAUAGAGAGGACAAUUGCUUUCGAGGACCGGCGACGUUACGAGAUAAGAGGCGGAGAAGUGGCACGGAAGUAUCUGUGGAGGACUGUAGGUUACAUGUGUACCUGCGUAUGUAUAUAAAUAUGUCAAAAGCACGCCUUUGUAUCUUGUGAUAUAAAACGAUAUGCAAAAAGGAUAAGGCUAAAUGAAUAUAUAAUGUAUACACUGUAGGUUUAAAGUACAUAUGUUUCCCGCUAUAUUCCACGAGGCUCCUGGUACUUCAUUUCUUAUUCUAGUGUAAUUUCAGUUCUACGUUAUCGCUCUUUUGACCCUGAUCAAAUGCAUCAUCAUCUACCGCACAAAUCCUCAACUUGAGAUCGAUAAUCGGCUCCAAAAAGCGCUGAUUCUUGAGUACGAUUACAACUGGGCGGGCUCUUCUUACUUCUGCGCUUGGCUUGCCAUUCCAUACAGUGUUUAUGUAAGCAAUUUUAAUUCAAACUUUGCGGUAGAUGCUUAGGAAUUCUGCAACCUUCAUAACAUAUGCAAUAAAUAAAUACACGGCAUUUAAAAAUGAAAUGAAAAAAAUAUAAUUUCUUGGUGUAGGUUUUCAAACCCCCUCCUUCAAUCUAUAACGGUUUCCUAUCCGUAAACUGAACCCCGACACCUCAAUUCCAGAUUUUAUAAGCGUGUCUAUAAAUUUUGAAACAGAGUGUAUGAUGUUUAGAAAUUCUACAAACUCCAUAAAAUGAUGAAUAAAAACACGGCAUUUGAAAGUCUCAGCGCGAUGUAUGAAGUUCGGAGGAUAAGGAUGACGUUGGACUACAUGAAAAGAUUGAUAUCAGUUUUUGUGGGAACUCUGUUGGUCUGCGGCGUCGUGGCGUUUCUUCAUUGGUACUUCCAUGAGAUUAAGAAAGUGACAGAUUACAGCUAUGAAAUGAGAUGCACGAGUAGUGUAAGUGUGUUUUUAAAUCAGUGAGAUGUAAAAGUUCUUCAGUGGAAAGGGCGUGAGAAAGAGAGGCGGUGACAAGGGUGACCUCCUAACUCGUGUUACCGCUUCUCGUUGUAACCAAUACAAUUUACUUUCUUUCAGCUCGUCUACACAAGCUUUUCUGUCUACAAUUUGAUCUGUACCUACUACUUGGUCCACGAGUUCCCUCAAUUCCAACGAAUAGUUCAACGCGACUUCCGAAUACUCCGCCGGAAGUAUGUUGAAGCCGCUCCAUUGCCGACAACGGACAAAAAUCAAACCGAAUUGUAUUUCAAACAAUUCUCUGCCAUGUGGAAUAAGUGA